AUGUCAACAUUUACACAAAGCCUACGGCAGCUGCGGUGCCAGGGCAAGACUUUCCGGGCACCAUGGCCCCAGCCCGCCCGGCAACGUCCAUAUUUUCCCCUCGCUGUUCGAACAAUUGCUACCGAAACGUCAACGCCAAUUGUCGAGCCUAAACCCGAUGGCCUCGCCUUGUCAACAGAUGCCAGUUCCAAAUUCACUAUACCGUUCCAGGGAGUCGACCAUGCCCGUGCUGUUCCCCUCUCGGCCUCGUACUUCUCCCGAGAGCCUCAAUUCAAUGAGAUGUAUCUCCGAAUCGCUCGCCUUCUCACCAAAUACCACGCCUUACCAACAGUACCAACAAGUCAUGUUCCUCCGACAGCUUGGGUCAAACUACAGGAAAUGCGCUCAAAGCUUGGUGAACCGGUCAAGGCCUCCCACUACGCCAAGGUGAUCCGAGUCGCGAAGCGUCUGAACCAGAUUGAGCCCACACUUUUCCCUCAAGAGGUUCGAUCUGCUCUUGAGGAGUUCAAGCGUGAUAUCAACCCAUUUAUGAACGUGCCUCAUGAGGUCACAAUUGACAGGUACGGCCGAGCUGUUGGUGUUGGCAAGCGAAAGGAAUCAACUGCUCGUGCGUGGGUUGUAGAGGGAACGGGAGAAGUCUUGAUCAAUGGCAAAACUUUGAGUCAGGCAUUUGGCCGCGUUCACGAUCGCGAAAGUGCGGUUUGGGCUCUACAGGCUACCGAGCGAUUGGACAAGUAUAAUGUCUGGGCAUUAGUGGAGGGUGGUGGAACAACCGGCCAGGCCGAAGCCCUUACGUUGGCGGUUGCUAAAGCUCUGAUCGUUCAUGAGCCAGCACUCAAGACUGCUCUUCGAAAAGCUGGCUGUAUCACAAGAGAUCCAAGAACUGUGGAGAGAAAGAAGCACGGCCAUGUCAAGGCUCGUAAGAUGCCUGCCUGGGUCAAGCGAUAA